UGUCUUGAAGUGCCUUGAAGGAAUGGUUACUCUUCAUUUCCAGGGCAGAUAUACAACAGAGAAGACAUACAGUGUACUCAGGCCUCUGGCCGUCAGCGGUCCGAGAUGAUCCUCUUCACCUUUAUUGUGGGGCUGCUGUCCUGUCAGGUUCAAGCCUUGUCUCAUCCGAGAAUAAAGGUAAACGGAGAAGAUCCGGCUGAAACUGACGUGGUUAUCGACUCUGGUUCGCGUCUCAAACUGACCUGUGAUGGUGAUGCUCCAGUGAAUAUUGAACCUCGGUUAGCUAAAUAUAAAUCACACAGCAAGCCUAAUGGGAACAGCUGCACCUUUAAUGUUCAAAAAGCUACCUACAAAUUAACAGGCACUUUUAAGUGUGUGUACACUGACAAAAAUUCCUAUAUCUUCUCAUCUGUGUACAUAUUUGUAAGAGAUCCAAAGAUUCUCUUUGACACCCCGCUGACUACUCAUAUUAUAAUGAAAGAAGGAGAGAAUGCCCUCAUCCCCUGCCUUCUUACUGACCCGGCGGCCACUGAUGUCCAGUUGGGCAUGAAAAAUGGGUCUGCACUACCCUCUAACAUGAACGUAACUUUUGACCCCAAGAAAGGGAUGCUAAUUCGGGACCUCAAGCCUUGGUUCAGUUCAGAGUAUGUCUGCAGUGCAAGGAUAGGAGGAGAAGAAAAAAAGUCUUCAGCCUUCAAUCUAAAAGUCACUGAUAGAGUCCGUUUUCCACCCUAUGUGUUUCUUCAGAAGAAGGAGCAUAUUCGACUUGUUGGAGAGAGACUAGAACUCAUCUGUUCUGCCAGCAAUCGUAACUUUAACUACAACAUCACCUGGAAGCACUCAUCACAUUUGCUUCCAAAACCAGAGACCUCAGCCGCCUGGGAAUCUGGAAACUUGAAAAUCAAGAGUACUGUGAUCCUGCCUGCUGUUACCAUGUCUGACUCUGGUAAUAUCACCUGUAUCGGAGCUAAUGAGGCUGGAGUCAACAGCUCCACAGCACACCUUCUGGUUAUUGAUAAGCCAUACAUUAGACUGACCCCCAAGCUGUCCCCUCAUCUGAUCCAUGAGGGUUUGUCUAUUAAUAUCAGUGAGGCAGAGAAUGUUGAACUAAGGGUGAGCAUAGAAGCAUACCCACAAAUCACAUUCAAAAAGUGGAAGGGACCGACAUUUCUUAACAACUCACAGCAUGACAUUCAUUUCUCCGGCAAUGAUUACAGGUAUGAAGCAGUGCUGCUUCUGAAGAGACUGAAUUCCAAGGAACAGGGCAGAUACACCUUCUAUGCCAACAGCAGCAAGACUAAUGCCUCCAUAACAUUUAGCAUUCAUGUUUACGAAACACCAAUUAUCGUUGAUAAAAGAAGGAAUGAGAGCUUCUUAGUAUGCAAAGCAUCUGGGUUCCCAGCUCCCCAAAUCUUCUGGUUCCAGUGUCAAGGAACCAGACCGAUGUGCAGAGAGAAUUCCACUGAUGUGGAGGUUCACCAGUUAUUCACAGCUGAGACAGUGGAGAUGAAGAACAAUGAGUUUCAACCAGUUGAAGUGGAAAGUGUUUUAACAAUCACACCAUCCUAUCAGAAGAUGACUAUAGAGUGUAUAGCCCGAAAUCGCGUUGGGGAAGCCCGUGAUGUUUUCCCUAUUGACCAGUCUGAGAAACUCUUUACUGCAACAUUGAUUGGCGCCAUAAGUGUAAUGGUUUUCCUCCUUCUACUCCUUAUCAUCCUCAUUUACAAGUAUAAACAGAAACCCAAAUAUGAGAUCCGAUGGAAGAUUAUUGAAGCCACAGAUGGGAACAACUACACAUUUAUCGACCCCACACAACUUCCUUAUAAUGAAAAAUGGGAAUUUCCAAGAGACAAACUCAAAUUGGGGAAGAUUUUGGGCUCAGGAGCAUUCGGGAAAGUGGUGGAGGCGACAGCGUAUGGUCUAGGAAAGGACGACAAUGUGACUCGUGUGGCUGUAAAAAUGCUUAAAGCUAGUGCCCAUUCAGACGAGAAAGAGGCUCUAAUGUCCGAACUGAAGAUUCUAAGUCAUCUAGGACAACACAAGAAUAUUGUCAACCUGCUUGGAGCCUGCACACAUGGAGGUCCUGUGCUGGUCAUCACUGAAUAUUGCUGUCAUGGUGAUCUUCUGAACUUCCUGCGCAAUAAAGCGGAGACCUUCUUACAGUGUGUGAUUUCAAUCCCAGAAGAGACUAGCAACUACAAAAACGUUCACAAGAUGUUUUAUAGAAGUGACAGUGGGGUUUCCAGCACUUGUUCAGACAGUUACCUGGACAUGAAGCCUCUAGUGCCCAGAUCUCACUUGUCACGCAUUCCUUCCUGCAACCAAGAAAAAGAAGAAAACUCAUUGGAUUUGGAUGACUUGAUCAAAUUCUCCUACCAGGUGGCUCACGGACUUGACUUCCUUGCAUCUAAAAAUUGCAUUCACAGAGAUGUCGCAGCCAGGAACGUUCUUUUAACAGAUGGGUGUGUGGCCAAAAUCUGCGACUUUGGACUGGCUCGUGAUAUCAUGAACGAUGCUAACUAUGUGGUCAAAGGGAAUGCUCGUUUGCCAGUGAAGUGGAUGGCUCCAGAGAGUAUCUUUGAGUGUGUGUAUACCGUACAGAGUGAUGUUUGGUCGUAUGGUAUUCUGCUGUGGGAGAUCUUCUCUCUGGGUAAAAGCCCAUAUCCAAACAUCCUGGUGGACUCUAAAUUCUAUAAGAUGAUAAAGUCUGGCUAUCAGAUGUCCCGUCCUGACUUCGCCCCACCCGAGAUGUACAACAUCAUGAAAAUGUGCUGGAACCUCGAACCCACAGAGCGGCCAACUUUCAGCAAGAUCACCCAGCUUAUCGAGAGGCUGCUGGAAGAAAUACCAGAUAAGACUCCGUAUCAGAAUGUGCAGAUGGAAGAACUGGAUGAAGAGCAGCUGGAGGCCUGUGAUACCACCAAACGUGAUGAGGAAUCAUGUGAACAGGUGGAAGAAGAGCAGCCCCUGGUGAAGCCCAACAACUACCAGUUCUGCUAAGGGGCCAGAAUGAACUAUGAUCUAUGAAAAAGUUACAUUGAAAGCCUUAUACUAACAGGAAACACAUCCACCCCUCAGUAAUUUGAGCUUAUUUUAGAUUUAAAGUAAGGCCUAUAUUUAUAAUUGCCUGCAACCAUGUUUCGUGGCAGGUUUGUAGAAGUCACAACCCUUGUCUGACUUGUUUGUGUGUUAAAUAGCAGUUCCUCAUUGAAUGUAUGGAAGAAAAGCUAAUUCAGCGUUUCCAUCUUCCAGUUUAGAAGCAAGCUUGCGAAGUUUACUUCCACAUUAUUCUCAGUCUUGGCUUUUAAAAGUAGAAAACAGUGAAACAGGUUUAAUUUAUGUUUAUAUGUGUUACUUAUAAUAUUACAUUAUGCAAAUCCAUUUAAUCCAAUAAUUGCUUUGUAUAUUUGGAUAAUACAAUCAAUAACACUAUUUAACAAAAUGUUUGAGCUGUGAUUCAACAAAACUAAAAAGCAAAAAAAAAUAAAUAACUCAUCUUUUUUUUAAAUCAAUUUGUUUAUAAGAUGAUUCCUCAGUUUUGUUUAUUUUUUUAUAUAAGAUAUUUCUUAUUGUCUGUAUGCCUUAUCAAUUUACCUGUAUAUUAUGUUUGUGUAUUUGAUGUAGCACUGCCAAGCAAACACUGCCAUGUGUAAAUAAUGUGUUUGUCCUCAUAAGCACUCUCGGUUUAGUCAAAGGUGGUCUGUUACACUUAACUAUUUUAAAUGUCUUUUUUAAAAAAAGUGCUAUGUAACUGUUUUGCUGAAUGUCUUAUUAUUAUAUCUCAUUCCCUGGCAGAAGAGACAUUUUUGUCUGUAUUUAUGUGCAAGUUUGUCAUAAGCUAUUCAAAAAAAAAAAAAAGUCAAGAAAACAUUGCAAAGCUUUGAAGGUUUUUCUAUUUACUAGAGCUGCAAUUCACCGGUUAAAUGCGUUGUUGCAUGUUUACUUUUUAUUCAUUUUAAGAGCUAUUGACAAGCUCGUUGAUAUGAUUGUCAUGAUGGCAUUGUUUAAAAGACAACUUUUUUUAAUUAAAGAAAUUGAGCAAAUGAGGCUGAAUAUAAUGCUUUAGUAAUGAUCAUUAAUGUUUGUUAAAUUAGUGUUGGCUAGUAAUCGGUUACUUGAUUAUCUGUACAUUUAAGGCAGCAUGUUAAAAGGAAAAACUGAAAAAAAAAACACUGGGUUUUACACUUAAAUGAUCUACAAUGUUAUAAAUAUGUAAAAAUUUGAACAAUCAGGGUUACAAUAAAAGUUGUUAAUUCUUA